UACUAUCAUCUGUAGGAAUGUCACUACAGUAGUCGUCGUCUUAUCUUCGUCGUCUCCGAUUAAACACUUCACUCAAUUCACGAAAGAAAGCUGUCUUGACACUGCAUUUGCUCACUUUUCCACUUUUGUUGUAGUUGGGAUCAGCUUCUUCGAAGCGCUUCGACCUUCUGCGCUCUCCUCGCACCAGUUUCUUGACAGGGAGGAAGAAGAGUGAGAUUUUUCUUAGUUUGGAUUGAAGAGGAUUCUAGAGGUUGAGUGCGAAUUAGUGCUGCGCUGAAUCUUGUUUUUGAGGAUGUGAUAAACCUCGAAAAGACUCGUCGAAGUGGCGAGCCUUUUAACUAUUAGCUGACUUUAAUUAUGGCGAUGGCGUCGGCGUUAUCGUGGGCGGCACCGGCGGCCCGGCUCAACCUUUCAAUGGCGCAGCGAGGUUUUUUUAAUGAAUUUCUUAUCCAGAAGUCUUUAUGUAGUGGAAGAAGCUGUCCGCAGGUAGUCCGUUAGCGGUGGAAUGUGGAGCAGGAGAUUAGGUUUUCAGUCGCUGGGAGAGAAGUUGUCGUUCUGGGUUGCGGCGAAUAAAAACUUGAACGCGGAGUCUUUCGACACCGCGGAAGGUGAGGUUGCUUCGUUUCCGUUUCGGGUGCGGGGAGUGGACGGAGGAGAAGUCAGGCGUGUGAUUGGCAGGGAUAAGGAAGGCUCGGAUAGCGACGACGGCGACGACGACGACGACGACGAAGAGGAUGGGAUUUAUUACGAUGAAGUAGUCGAAGAAGAAGAGGAUGGAUUUGACGACGAGUUGAGAGAUAAUGAGGAAGAUGUGGAAGCAGCAGGUGUGGUGGACCUGGUUACUUCGGAAGGAAAGAGUGAAAAGAAUAGAGAGAGAUUGCAGGAGCUCUGUGCUCGGGUGCUGGCUACUGGUGAACGUACAGUGACGGCUAGUGACAUUGCUGGUCUGUUUGAUUUUCCAUUCGACAAGUUCCAGGAGACUGAACCUGAGGAUGACUGAGCGAGAGAGAGAGCCUGAUCCAUUCUGGGAUGAAAUGUCAGAGUCACCUAGAAGAAAACAGCGAAAAACUCUUAGAGCUGGCAAAAGUUCCAAAGAGUCUGGCAACCGUAGUGAAAGUCGGCGUCGGUCGGGUGGUGGAUGGGGUGAAAUGGAAGAGCAGAUGUCCGACGAGGAGGUUCAGUUUCUUCGGCGCCGACAGAUUCCACAAAUUAGAGAUACAUUGCAUCAAAUGAAAGAGCGAGACAUGCUUCCAGCUAUUUGGUUCAUUUUCAGUCGCAGGGGCUGUGACCUUGCUGUACACUAUCUUUUGGGAACUGACUUGUUGACACUUGAGGAGCAGAAACGAGUAAAAAGUGCUCUUGCAGAUUUUCGAGAACAGCACCCAGAUUCAGUACGUGAAGUGGCAGUGAAACCACUUCUGCAUGGAGUGGCUGCGCAUCACGCUGGUUGCUUACCAACGUGGAAGGCCUUCAUUGAAGACCUUUUCCUGCAAGGUCUCAUUAAAGUAGUCUUCGCAACCGAAACUCUUGCAGCAGGAAUCAACAUGCCUGCCAGGACGACGGUGCUGGCAUCACUCAGCAAACGUGGCGAUAAUGGACACCAACUCUUAAGUGCAAAUUCAAUGCUGCAAAUGGCUGGCAGAGCAGGUCGGCGAGGUAUUGACGACCAAGGACACACAGUAGUGGUGCAGACACCAUUCGAAGGUGCAGAAGACUGUUGCAAAUUACUCUUUGCAGAAUCUGACCCCCUCGUCUCACAGUUCACGGCCACCUAUGGCAUGGCUCUCAAUGUCUUGGCGAUAAGUGGAUUCGGAGAAAGAAUAAAAACCGCGCCAGAAUCUGGUGAAAGCGAAAUGAUAAGGGUGGGAAGAAUUCUAGAUGAAGCCCGGGCACUCAUUGAAAAGAGUUUCGUUCCCAAGUCUUACGAGGAGGUUGUAAUACGUUGGCAGGAGGCGAAGCGGUUGGUGCGAGAGCAGAGAAAGGUAGUUGAAAGCCUGCGAGUUGCAAUGGUACAACCCCUGCUUGAUGCGCCUACUAACGGAAAACCACCCUUCGUCUGCUUAUCCUACUAUGAGCACCGCACUGGCGAGGAGCGCCUUGUCCUUGCCUUGUUCGCGGGAUAUGUUCCACGCCCCACAUUCGUCUCCGACUUGAUCAAUUUGGCAGGCGAAAAAGGCGAGGGAUUCGGAAGUGGGGAAACCUCGGUCGCUCAGGGUCUGGUGCCCUCAGUUGCGUUUGGUCUGCUGAGAGCUCCCAUCGACACGUGGGCUUGGGGAUGUCCAGUGCCCGUUUUGAGUGAACUCUCUUGUGCUUAUGAGGUUUCUUCGGAUCUUGUGGAGGCCGAGCGGGUAUUCCUUGAUAGACGGAAAGAGGCUUCAAAACUCCGGAAGAAGCUCAAAGGGUCACAAGGUUACCGUGAAUCAAAAAAGCUUCUGGAUACUCAAAGAGCGCGGUUGGACAAGCUGCAGCGCACGAAAGCUAAAGCGAACCGUAUUGCGACGCGUAUCAAAGGGUGGAAGGAGUUUCUUCAAGUUGUGAACGUGUUGCAGGAAACGGGAGCUUUGAAACCCGAAACGAACGAGCUUCAGCCUCUUGGCGAAGUUGCUGCAGCAGCGCGGGGAGUCAAUGAGCUUUGGUUGGCCAUUGUUUUCACUAGUGGCAUUCUUAACUCUCUUGCUCCCGCUCAGCUUGCAGCUGCCUGUGCUUGUCUAGUCUCAGAUGGCAUGAAAUCACGCUCUAAAGAAGGCCCAGCUAGCAGCUCUAUUUAUGACGCAUCCAAUGCGGUGAACGAAUGGGUGGAGGCUCUGGAAGACACGCGUUCGGAGCUUCUCCGCUUGCAAACUAAAAACGGAGUUGCUAUUCCUGUUGAGACCAACGCAGAGUGUGCAGGGCUAGUCGAAGCAUGGGCAGCGGGAGUGACGUGGAAGGAACUUAUGGAUGACAGCGAGAUGGACGAGGGAGAUGUGGCUCGCCUUCUCCGACGGUCUAUUGACCUCCUUGCACAAACUCCUCAUUUGCCCCACAUUGAUCCAAACCUGGCGAGUACAGCUCGUGAAGCUUCGAAAGUCAUGGACCGCCCACCUAUCAGUGAGCUUAUCGGUUGAAAACAUUCGUCGGAAAUAUCAGCAGGCACCAAAAGUGAAAGUUCUUCAAGAUGGAGCUGCUUCUGCGGGUUCUUCGUUGUGCAGGGUUCUUCACCAACAGUGUGGACUCCAAGAUGUGACAGCACAAGAGGUUCGUAUGUGUAGUAAUUGUAGGAGCGAGUAGUCGUCGGCCUCCAGCAAUAAAGGGGUUUGUAUUUCAUACCCUUAUUCAGUAUCCGACGCUUCUAAUUGGAAGCUUCAAUACCACCCCGCCCGGAUUUUUUGACUUAGUGGUUCUUAUUUGAGGACGAGGCAGAUUCACUGUGGAAUAUGCAAACAGAAGGAUCAGCAGCUGCUCCAUGUCGGCUACUACCAAAUCGGGGAGCAUCCAAUAUAAUAUCAACUCACGGAGAACAGCAGCAGCACCCAACUCAUGCCAACCGUGCGCCGCAACACUGCAGCACUGCAGCAGAAAGGACGUAGUACGGCCACCUGCUCUCGGCUUUCCACCAUCUAAUCAACGCAGCAGCAGAAGAUCCAAUCUCCUACAACCAGCUGGUGAACGUAAGUUACCAAAGAACACUCGACAACCAUGUUCCGACAGUUUGGAGUAUGCUCCACACUUGUAGUGUACAAGAAUAUGAUAAACCGUAGCUCACUAAGCUAGAUGAGAGGGUGGGGUGGGUUCCUGUACAUGAGUGGAUGUAAUAGAUGGCUGUUCCACGCUGGGGAAGGUAAGCCACAUAGCCGCCAUUGGAUUAGCUCUGGGGAGGUUACUUCGAAAGGGGGCUGCUGCUGGGUCAGUCCAGACGCGUCCAGCUGCUCCUUGGCAGCUUGAAGCUCCUCCGCCCUUCGGUGCGCCUGCAAGUCCAGCACUUUUUCAUCUGCAAACUCAUCCAACAACAACUCCACAAAUCACUCCACCAUUACCGAUGUUCUCCCCGAUUUGAAAAGUUUAUGCAAGACAAGAUUGUCCAUCUUUCUCAUGGGGAUUUUCUCCAAAUCUGAAUCCAUCGGGAAUAUUUCCCGAGUUCAAAGGGUAACUCAUCUGUCCAAGUAAUGUUUUUCCAGUCUUCAGCUGUCCAUUGCUUAUAUUUGCGAGCAAAAGGCAAUCUACUCUUUCUAUGGAGUACAUUGAGGUAGGAUUUUCUAGAAGCUAUACGAUUCCCGAAUCCAAGAAGAUGGAUGUACUUGCGGAUGGUAUGACGAUGAAAUUGAAAUUUUCUUGCAA